AUGGCAAAGAUACAUCCUAAGGCAGAAGCAGCAGCCAUGGCAGUUGAGCUUCAGACAACAACAACAUCCUGUUCAUCACAGAGGCCACAAGAAGCCUUCACUGUCUGGAUGAAGUCCCUUGUCAUAAAUGGCAAUGGCUGCACUGUUUUCGACUCCGCCGGCCGCCUCGUUUUCCGAGUCGAUAAUUACCAGACUAAAUGCUGCAAAGAAGCCCUGCUCAUGGAUUGCACUGGUCAAGUCCUCUUCUCCAUCAAAACACAGAAGAAAGCACUUGUCAACAAAAGUUGGCGAAUACACAAAUGGAUAGACUCGAAGAAUGUCACCGAGAAAGGGGAGUGGUUUGAAGUGAGGAGAAAGUCGGGGCUUUUCAGGAGAGACAUUACUUGUCAUGCCACUUUAGGAUGUAAUAGAGGAGAAGUGACAACAAUGUUGUCCAUAUAUACCAUUGAAGGGAUUCGAGGAAAAUCAACAGUUAAAAUUCACGAUGGGACCGGCCGUGUUUUAGCAGAGAUGGUGCAAAAACAAGUCAAGGACGGUGUAUGUUUAGGAGAUGAUGUGUUGUCCCUAACUGUGGAACCACACGCUGAUCGAUCCCUAAUCAUGGCUCUAGUCCUCGUCUACGCUAUGAUCAACCAAAAAAUGUGAAUUCAUAGCUCACAAAAAUGUUUAUACGAUUUUUUUAGUUUAUACAAUAGAAGAGAAAUGAAAACAUAUUCGAAAAAUGUAUAAUAUAGAAGAGAUUCUUACAUACACA